ACAUGGGGUUAGGCAGGCUGGCAGAGGGGCAAAUGGAUGGACAGCUGGGGACAGAGACAGAGUAACAGCAAGGGCAAAAAAACAGAGAAAAGACGAGUGAAAAGACUCAAAUCUAACUAUUGUUUGAGGGAAGAAUGGUUGGAAAAGUGAAGAGUGAUGAAGACAGAGUUGUAUGAAAACUGAAUUCAAGAAGAAAGAACUAGAAUUUCCUCCACCUUGUGUUUCUGGAAGCCUCUGCUUGUUCUCCUCUUCUGUCUUUACUCUUUACUUCACUCACCACCCCUGGAGGUGAUGAACUUUGCUCUUGGCUUCAAGCUCCCAUCAGCAGGCAGUUCUGGGCCCGGUGCCGGCAGCGGAGCCACCAUGGAGAACCUGGAGAAGCAGCUGAUCUGCCCCGUCUGCCUGGAGAUGUUCUCCAAGCCUGUGGUCAUCCUGCCCUGCCAACACAACCUGUGCCGCAAGUGUGCCAACGACAUCUUCCAGUCAGCUAACCCCCUGUGGCACUCCCGCGGCUCCUCCAGCAUUGCUGCCAGCGGCGGCCGUUUCCGGUGUCCGUCGUGUCGCCAUGAGGUGGUGCUGGACCGGCAUGGGGUCUACGGUCUGCAGAGGAACCUGCUGGUGGAGAACAUCAUAGACAUCUACAGACAGCAGGAGUCCUCCAGGCUUGUAAACAUAAAGCCAGAGCAGCAGCAGCUGAUGUGUGAAGAACACGAAGAGGAGAAGAUCAACAUCUACUGUCUGUCGUGUCAGACGCCGACGUGCUCCAUGUGCAAAGUGUUUGGUCGGCACAAAGACUGUGGCGUGGCUCCGCUCAGCAGCGUCUACAUGAGACAGAAGACAGAGCUGAGCGACGGCAUCGGCAUCUUGGUCGCCAGUAACGACCACAUCCAGGCAGUCGUCUCUCAGAUGGAGGAAAUGUGCCGCACCAUAGAGGAGAACGGUCGGCGACAGAGGGAGCAGCUGGCCGACCAUUUUGACGGUCUGGUGGCCAUCCUGGAGGAGCGGAAGCAGGAGCUGGUGGGUCAGAUCUCCAAACAGCAGGACGAUAAACUGAAACACGUUCGAUCCCUCAUUCGUCAGCACAGCGACGACCUGGAGGCCGCGGUCACGCUGGUCGAGUCGGCCAUACAGUCCAUGGAGGAGCCGCACAUGCCUCUGUUUAUACAGAACGCCAAAGUCAUACUGGAGAAAAUGGCAGCGACAGCGAGGGCCUCGCAUGUGGAGCGUCCAGAGCUCGGUUACGACAGUAUGAGCCACUUCGUCAUCGAGAGCGACGACAUCGCCGACAUGUUGAGGAACAUCGACUUCUGCUCGGGUGUGGGAGAUGAUGGAGAAGAGGAUUCUGAAGAAGUGGGAGAAGAGUGAGAAUUUGACUUUAGCUGCAGAUAUUAAAGCGAAACAGAGGUAGCUGUUCAGUUCUGAAUGACCUCAGAGCAGAGUCAGACCAUCUGAAGGUUAAAAAUCAGACGAAAAUGAUUUGAGAUGUUCUGAGAGAGAAUAGAAAGGGGAUACAAGGGGCUUGUUUCUGUUCUGGAUCACCCCGUUGACCUUUAUUGAUGAACUGAUCUGGGUUUUGUUUGGCCAAGGCUUCGUGGUGUGUUUGAUUUUGGUUUAGAAAGCAUCAGACUCCUCACAUUAGUUAUUCAGCUUCCAGGGCUCAGUCAUCAGCUGCAGAGGAGAUGAGAUGUUACAGGAAUAAAGCAAAUCAAAUCUUAAAAUCUCACUGUCCACUUUCUGCUGGUUUCAAGUGCAUCUCACAGUCUUCAUCCAUAAAUAAAACUAUUCAUCACA